AUGACUGCUCCUAUAACCCAACAACAGUCCGCUCAGGCCAAGGACGCGGCUGCCGCCGCCUCCGUGCGGAAGCGGAGAAGACGCGCUGCCGCAGGUGGUGCCGCUGAUGACUGCUUUACCUGCUCCAAGAGAAACGUCAAGUGUGAUCGCAGACGGCCCUACUGCUCGCAAUGUCUCGAGAUCGGCAAUGAGUGCUCCGGCUACAAGACACAGCUGACCUGGGGAGUUGGUGUUGCCAGCAGAGGCAAGCUGCGCGGCCUGUCUCUGCCCAUUGCGAAAGCGCCCCCCGUUGCCGGAGUCGCAAAGAAGUCGCCCGCGCGUCCCCGCACAAACUCGAUAGCCACCACCGCAACAUGGGACGACGUGUCUAGGAGGGGGUCGCGCGACGAGGCCAGGUUCUCGCCGGAUCACAUUGUGUCGACGCCCACGACGCCCUUCGCUCCCAAUUACGACAUGCUUUCCAUGUCACAUCCCGAGCAUGCCCCGUCCAUGACGACGGGACACUGGGGUGCCAUCUCGUACUCGAACGAUGGGCCCAACUACCGGAAGCUGGGGGCUCACCUGGGCCCUAUCCCCAUCACAGGGGCUCUGUCUUCUUCCCUUGACUCCGUCAGCGACACCGACUACCUAUCGCCCAUGAGCCACUCGUACUCGAGAGACGACAUCCCUUUCCUUCACAGCCCCAACGUCAUGUACGACGGCUACAGCACCCACGGCUCGCCGGUGCCCCAGAGCCCUAUCUCGGCUAUCCUCAUUAAUCAGAGAGGAGUACCUACGUCGUGCCCGAGCCUCGUGUACGCACCGUCAGACCACAGCUCGAGCCUCACGUCGCACAUGGACAACUUCGAAAGCCACUUGAGCCAGAAACUGAUGCGGGAGUGUGACACACUGAGCAUUCCCGAGAUGGAUGCGUAUAGCACCAGCUGCAACUCCAACAGCCAUGUUUGGACCUCGCCCCCUCCGGAGGAGAUGUCGCCGCGCCACUCCGACCACCAGGCCUCGGCCCAGUGGCCCACCAUGUUUGAGCCCCAGGCCGUCCACGUCAACUCGGACCUCAUCGCCAAGAUGCCCUUUUUCAUGGACUACUACAAGAACAUCAUGUGCCCAUCCAUGGUCUUCAUGGACGGGCCAGGCAACCCGUACCGGGAGCACAUCCUCCACCUGGCCGCGAGCAGCCGUAGCCUGCAGCACGCCAUCUGCGCCCUGUCGGCGUGCAACCUGCGGAUGAAGCGCAGGCUCAGCCUGGGCCAAGACACCCGCGAACUCUCGGAGAAGCUCAAGGCCGAGAAGUCGACGUCCGAGUCGCUGGCGGACGGCCAGUCCGACGACCAGUCCCUCUCGGAGGAGUACCAACACCGGAACCUCGCGGUCCACCUGCUCAACCAGCAACUCAACGACCCGGCCAAGUCCAGCCACGACUCGGUCCUGGCAACUAUCCUGCUCCUCUGCCACUACCGCAUGGUGGAGUCGGGUAUUGCCAAGUUCCACACCCAGUUCGCCGGCGUCAAGAAGAUCCUCUCCAUGCGGCGGGCCCAGAACAUGGCGCCGUCCCGCGACUCGGCGUGGAUGGAGGCCAUCUUUACCUACUUCGACGCCAUCUCGGCCAGCAUCAACGACCGCGAGACCCAGCUCAACUCGACCUUCCACGGCGUCAUGCCGGACGCCCAGCUCCUGCCCCCGGGGCCGAAAACCUGGUGGGAUGCGACCACCAUCAGCAAGCUCGGCAGGCUCAACCUACUAUCCCAGCACCGCCCGGUUCAGAACCUCGCCAACAGCACUUCUCGCUCUCAGUCGCCGCUCGGCUCGCCCCUGGGCCACGCCUACAAGGGGAACCUCAACGGCGUUCAGCAAAAGCAGCAACACCAUCAGCAGAUGGGUGACAUGUACGGCCUAUCCAGCCAUCGUUUCGACGGCAACGGCUUCGGCUCGGUCCUCGACGACGACGAGUUCGUCUCGUCGUCUCUCUGCUCCUCGGCGACGUACGACGACCACCGCAACAACUUCUGGAGGGAGUGGAAGGAGGCCCGCCUCGCGCUCCAGAGCUGGGAGUUCGACUCGGCGCGGACUCACGCAUCGCUCCCCUCGCCGGCCACCCCGGCGCAGGUCCGGGACCUCGGUUCGCUGUCGGAGGCGUUCCGCUACGCGGCGCUGCUGUACACGGAGCGCCUGGCAUCGCCCAACGUCCCGUCGACGCACAGCAACUUCCAGAACCUGGUCUCCCAGGUCGUCUACUACGCCACGAGCCUGGAGGCCGGCAGCCAGGCGGAGAAGUUCCUGCUGUGGCCGCUGUUCGUCGCGGGUAGCGAGUGCGUCAACGAGCUGCAGCAGAACAUUGUGCGGAGCAAGUGCCGUGACAUCAUGGCCCGCUCGGGCUACAUGAACAACCUUGCCGCCCUCGACGUGCUCGAGCGCCUCUGGGCCGGCGAGUGGAAGGACAACGAGCCCCGAAGCCCUGCGGCUGUCAAGCUCGAGGCCAUGCGACGAGGCCCGUUCAACUGGACCAGGUGCAUUGGCGGGCCCGGAGUGGAAGUGGAGUGGAUCAUGUUUUGA